AUGGUUCUCUUAACAUCCUCCACGGUCUCGACCAUUGUGUCGAUGGGAGUGAUCUGCAUAUUCACCACGUUGUUGUUCAUCUCCGGCUAUGUCUUACAACAGCAAUCAGUCAAGAACAUCCAGCAUGCUUUGAAGCCCCAGGAAGCCGCCCAAAUGGCCAGGUAUGGUCCGGGUCCCGCAUUCCAACAGAAACGCAGAUCGAACGGGGACGAUCUGAGCGACGGCUCUCCACAGCAUCCCGUUUCCGGGAACUACGCCUACCUGCAGCUAUUAUCUGAGCCAGAUCCCUCAGACAUAUGCUCAGCCAUUCUCUUCUUCAAACAGCUAUCCACCAAUGGGACCGCCGUGCAAGACCGACUCUUCGUGUAUCCGGAGCAAUGGGACCGAAUGUCGGCGCAGAAACUGGGCAAGUCCACCACGCUAGCGUUGUCGAUAUUGCGCGCCGCCAGCUCAAAGUACAACAUAUGGCUGCUUCCCAUCGACAUGUCAGCAGCUACAGCCGCAGGAUACACAACAACCAAUAGCAAGCUACUGCGACUGGCUCAGAUCCAGUUCAUGCAGUAUGACAGUGUCCUGUACGUGCAGACGCCAGGGCUACUAAUGGACACGGGCAAGCUGGAUGAUAUGUUCUUAUCCCGUCCGCUGCCUCUGCGCCACGAUAAGAAUCGGCCCGAGUCCUAUAAUAACGAGGCGUGGAUCCCGAUGCCACUCCGUGCAAAUCGGGACGUCCCGCUGCCCCCUGCAUAUUUGAUUACGGUCAAUAACAUAGAGAACGGGAACGUGGAAGCAAGAACACAUAUCCCGAAUGUUGCAUUGUCUGGUUUUGGUGGCCUCGUGGCUGGACCGCGACAAGCCGAGCUGGCGAAAUCUGUUGGCGAUGAGCCUGGUUACGUGUAUUUUGAAAGUGAUCGCGAUGGGCGUGUGAAAUGGGCGGGAAACCCUUACUUUGGCACCUGGCGGGCUCAACAAGCCGAGGUUUGUGAGGGCUUGGAUCUUGACGAGAUCAUUCAUGAUGAGCAAUGA